CUUAGAAUUAAUUUAUUUAUUUGAAUGAAUUUAAUUAUUGCUUGGCUUAUGUAUAAAAUGUUGUUUAUGGUGGACAAUUAGAUCGAUCAUUUUUGUAAAGAAAAUUUUGUUAUUAUUGUUGCAUUUUCAGAGGUCCUGCGACAAUGGUACGAGUAGGUAUGAAGAAUUUAGAAGAAAACGAAGAUAGUUUGCAAGAAAGAACAAUAAUACGCAGAAUAAAGCAUCCAGAUUAUCGAUUACCUUCCAAGUACCACGAUUUGGGUUUGAUAGAAUUAGAUCGACCUUUGGAAUUAAAUCCACGAGUUAGACCAGCCUGUCUUGAAGUUCAUUUUCAACCACCUGAAAAGAAAGCUAUUGCAACUGGAUUUGGAAAAACAGCGUUCGAUGCAACGUCAGGUAGCAAGGAUUUAAUGAAAGUGCAAUUGGAUUAUAUAUCGAAGAAAGAUUGUAAAAAACGAUAUCAAUUCGAUUUAGGUAGUCAUUAUUUGCCUAAGGGAUUCAUACCAAAUUUGUUUUGUGCUGGAGUGAUGGAGGGUGGCAAAGACACGUGUCAAGGUGACAGUGGUGGACCAUUGCAACGAGUACUCAUUCAUCCUUAUUGCACUUAUAGCAUCGUCGGUAUCACAAGUUUUGGAAAAUUUUGUGCAUUCAAAAAUUCACCAGCUGUUUAUACCCGAGUCAGUUCAUAUUUGGAUUGGAUUGAAUCAAUAGUUUGGCCAUGAACGAAUGAAACAAGAUUCAUUAUAA